ACCUCAUCGUAAAUUCUUUAAGAAGUGUAGUUUAAAAUAGUUAAUGAACAUUCUCUUAUUUGAGCACAUUAUUUGCCGUUUAAAAUGGAUCUCUCGAACAUUAUUUUCAUACUUUUAAGUUUACUAGUGUCUGUGAACUGUAUAAUGUGGAAUUUAGAACCCAACAGCCGGAAAUGUUUGCGGGAGGAAUUACAACAAAAUAUACCUGUUAUUGGGGAGUUUGAGGUAUCGGAAGCACCCGGGCAAUCUGUAGACUACUUGGUAACAGAUUCUAAAGGCCACACAUUAGCAAAGAGGCAAGGAAUUACCAAGGGAAAAUUUUCAUUCAAUACAGAAAGUUUUGAUACCUAUGAAAUUUGCUUCAUAUCACAAGUACCUCAAAAUCUUAGAGGAAUCUCUCAAGAAGUCUCUUUAGUUACCAAACAUGGAGUAGAGACGAAAAAUUAUGAUACUUAUGGCGAGGCAGCUCAACUGAAGCCCAUAGAAAAAGAACUGAAGAGACUGGAAGAUCUUUCAGAAGCUAUUGUUCAAGACUUCGCCAUAAUGAGAAAACGAGAAGAAGAAAUGAGAGACACAAAUGAAUCAACGAACAGUCGCGUGCUAUAUUUCUCGAUCUUUUCGAUGUGCUGUUUACUUGCUCUGGCUACAUGGCAGGUCCUUUACUUGAGAACGUACUUCAAGGCGAAGAAACUAAUUGAAUAACAACUGGGAUUUUGAGAAGUUUUAAACUAUAGAUUUUUUUAUUUUUGUACAAAGGGCUGUCGGAAU